CUUGUGGGGUCUCUCCUCUUGCCUUCCCUGAGAUUGUAUCCUGUCCGUUGUGUGAAGCUUCAUUUCACAUUGAGACCUUGUUAAUUCAAACAUUGUUGCUUUGUCAUUUAGAUCCAGAUGAAGUAAUUUAUGACGACGUGCCCAGAGAGAACUCUGACUCCACUACAGAGCCAGACGAGAUGAUCUAUGAUGAUGUGGAGUUUGGGGAGGAGGGCUGUGGCAGCUCCCUGGACAACGGCUGGAGCUCCAGCGAGUUUGAGAGCUAUGAUGAGCAGAGUGACGGGGAGGGCCGCGGGGAGAAUGGCCUGCCUGACGCCUUCAUGAGAGGGAAGCCCCCACAAAGGAAGACCCAUCUUUCUCAAGAUCUGACACGCUUGAAAGAACACUAUGAGAAAAAGAUGAAAGAUCUUAUGGCAAAUACAGUGGGAACGGUAGAGCUGCAGCAGAUUAAACAGAAACACGAGCAGAAGAUGCAAAAGCUGGUGAAGGCAGCGAGAGACGGGACCAAAGACGGCCUGGAGAAGACCAAAGCAGCAGUGAGAAGGGGACGGUCGUAUAUCAAGACCCACUGUCACGAGAGGAAGUCAACCUGUUUUGAGGAUGAGGAGUCGGAGCUAUUCAUCGAAGUGGAAUGCUUCAACAUGGAGCCAGUGCUCAGUCCCGUCCCUGAGGGGCUCUCACAACAACAGGUGGUGAGGAGGUGUAUACUGGGCUCCAUAUUAGAGAGUGAGAAGAACUAUCUUGAUGCACUGAAGCGGAUUUUAGAGCAAUAUGAAAAGCCCCUUUUGGAGAUUGAGCCCAGGUUGCUAAGCGAUAGGAAGCUGAAGGUGACAUUCUAUCGUAUCCGGGAGAUUCUCCAGUGCCACGCCCUGUUCCAGAUCGCCUUGGCGUGCCGCGUGGCCGAGUGGGACAGUCUGGAGAUGAUCGGGGACGUCUUUGUAGCCUCGUUCUCCAAGUCCAUGGUGCUGGAUGCCUACUGUGAGUAUGUGAACAACUUCAGCACAGCCAUGGCGGUGGUCAGGAAGACGUGUGCCUCCAAACCCAGCUUCCUAGACUUCCUCAAGCAACGUCAGGACACCAGCAGUGACCGGGUCACUCUCUAUGGACUCAUGAUGAAGCCCAUCCAGAGAUUCCCUCAGUUCAUUCUGCUGCUGCAGGACAUGUUGAAGAACACACCAGCAGGCCACAGUGACAGACUGCCCCUACAGAUGGCCCUGACAGAACUGGAGACCCUGGCUGAAAAGCUCAAUGAGAAGAAGAGGGAGGCUGACCAGCGCUGUGAGAUCAGACACAUAGCCAAGGCCAUGAACGAACGCUACCUCAACAAGCUCCUGAGUAACGGCAGCCGCUACCUGAUUCGCUCUGACGACAUAGUGGAGACGGUCUACAACGACCACGGAGAGGUCAUCAAGACCAAGGAGCGACGCCUUUUCCUGCUCAACGACGUGCUCAUGUGUGCCACGCCCAACGUCCGGUGCAGUGUUGAUGGCAGUGGAAGUGGCAACGCCGCCCUGGGUCAGAAGUUCCUGCUGAAGUGGAGUGUCCCUCUGAGCUUUGUGGACGUAGUAGAGUUUGGCUCCAGUGAAGACAUGGGCGACAACAGCCGCUUCACCAACCAACCCCACUCUGGAGAGAAGGUGAUCAUCAAUGCCAAACCAAAUAAGCUGUACAUGGGUCCAGGCCAGCUGUACCAGGACCUGCAGAACCUCAUCCACGACCUCAGCCUGGUCAACCAGAUCUCCAGCAUGAUCGGAAGCCUCAAGGGAAACUACCAGAACGUUAACCCUACGGUGGCCCAUGACUGGGUGUCAGGUCUGCAGCGUCUCAUCCUGAAGAAGGAGGAAGAGAUCCGGGCUGCAGACCGCUGUAGGAUCCAGCUGCAGCUGCCUGGCAAACCGGACAAGUCUGGCAGGCCCACAUACUUCAGUGCAGUGUUCAAUACGUUCUCUCCGGCCAUCAAACAGUCAUGGAUCAGUAACCUGCAGAUGGCCAAGCUGGCUCUGGAGGAGGACAACCUGCAGGGCUGGUUCUUUGCAGAGGAUGAUGGUAACCAGAUCAAGAAGCAGAAACAUCCUCUCCUGCUYAGGCAGAUGCCUGUGGUCAUGUCCAAACUACAGGAGUUCAAGGUGGAGUGUGCGGUCCAUAACCCCGAGCCCCACAUCAACAUAGAGAGCACAGCAGACACCCCUGCUCUGGGACACGGCUGUGUGUGGGUGGCGAGCUGCACCAACCAGAUGGGUCAGAUAGCCAUCAUAGCCAUGCAAAACUCCAGCCCCAAAGUGACAGAGUGCUUCAAUGUUGAGUCACGGAUCCUGUGUAUGGCGUACGUACCCAUGGAGCAGAGGACCCAGGAGAACGGGGAGGGGAACCCCGAAAAUAAUCACUCCUCAGCAGGGAAGACCAGUGAUGCCCCCACGGUCUGUCUGGGCAUGGAGGAGGGCAGCAUCAUAGUCUAUAAGAGCAGCCAGCGAUCCAAGAAGGUCCGUCUACAACACUUCUUCACCCCAGACAAGUCUACCGUGACCAGCCUGGUACACAAGAAGCAGUGUUUAUACACUGGCCUAGUGAACGGCUCAGUCACCAUCUACUCCAGAGCACAAGAUGGCUCGUGGAAUCCAGACUCUCCUAAGGUGCUGAAGCUGGGGGUUCUGCCAGUGAAGGCCAUGCUAGCUGUGGAGGAACAUGUCUGGGCUUCCUCUGGAGGACAAGUCUUCAUCAUCAGCACUACCACACACACUGUGGAGAGGCAGCUGGAGGCCCACCAGGAGGAGGGCAUGGUGGUAUCCCACAUGGUGGUGGCUGGGGUGGGUAUCUGGAUAGCCUUCAGCUCUGGGUCCACCCUCAGACUGUUCCACACGGAGACGCUGGAGGAUCUACAGGACAUCAACAUCGCUACACCUGUACACAACAUACUGGCUGGGAACCAGAGGGUCUCAGUCAGCAGUCUGCUGGUGUGCCAUGGUCUGCUGCUGGUGGGGACCAACCUGGGGGUGACAGUGGCCCUCUCUGUCCCCAGACUACAGGGAAUCCCCAAGGUCACAGGACGGGGCAUGGUAUCCUUCCACGCCCACCACGGCCCAGUAAAGUUCCUCACCAUGGCAGCCGCGGUGUGCAACCGGCCCUCCGGCAACCCAGGCAGCAGCCUACCUAGCCAGCCAGGAGACACCAAGGACGGAGAGAAGGCCCAGGCCUCCCCACUUCCAAUCCCAGGCUCCACACCCGCUCUAGCUCCCACCCAGGGCCGGGGAGUGUGGCUGGGGGAGGCAGGCUGCACCUCCAUGGCCAUCCAGGACUCCCUGUCUUCCUCCUGUGGCUCCCUGGCUCUGUCCCAGGGGUCUCUGGAGCACGGGCCCGAGGACGGGGCCAUCUAUGACCUGGUCAAUGAUCCGGCCCACCACCAGAGGGGCAGGAGGGUCCAGAAGGUGGACGUCAGCUCUCUGCUGGUGGUGUCAGGGGGGCUGGGUCACCACAGGGUCAACAGGAAGACCAAACAGUCCCGUCAGGAGGAGACGGUGUCCAACAUCAUGGUGUGGCAGAUCCCUCUACUCAACAUGUGAUAGAGACCAGAGAGUAGAGACUAACUAGUACAGCGUAACAAGACUGAGGAUGCUGCAGUUCCAACUCGACUCAGUGACACUCGACUCCAAAGGAUAUCCAUUAAUUCCCAUGGUUGUCUGGACUUUGGGAUCAAUCAACUCAACUAUGUGUCUUAUAAUGAGAAAUACUCCAGAGGGCAUCCCAUGAAUAAUAUCAAGAGUUUCUGAUAUCUCYUACCCAGUGACCCUUCUGUUCAUGUGAGACAUUCCUAUUGGGUAAUGGGUACAAAUGGAUCAAUACACUCUAACCACUUAAUAAUGGCACCUGACUUGAAUCCAAUGAAGAGAACCUGAAUAUGUAGAAAAACCACUGAAAUGUCCCUAAUGUCAUUCAUAUUAUGUCAUUUUGAAAGAGGACUGAUGAAAUGUUACUUGUUAUAACAUGGCUAAUAUUUUGUGUGACUGAGACGUGCCUGAUCACCAGAGUGUUGAUGGCACAAUAAUUGUAUCCGGGCUACUCACGUAGACAGACAUCAGACAUUCCCAUUUUCCUAUGUAGACAGAGUUUGAGGAAAGCCAGGCAAGGUGACUUUUCAUCUCUGUUGCUUUGAACAAUGUCUACUCCGACACUUCCACCGUUAGGAACAGGCAAUCUUUGGGGCCAAAGCCUUCUCAUGAUCAUCUCCAUUGGCCAGUCUAUGUUCUAUGAAUUGGGUCUGUUAAUAGAUAUGUUUACUUGUUUGUUAUUGGGUCAGGGAGAGAUCCUUUGUCUGCAAUGGUGCMCAUAUUUCAUUGGUACACUGAAGCUUAAGGUGUCCUUAUGUUGUCAUCAGGUGGCUAUGGAGGGUGAGUGGUUGCUGAUAUGAGGUAUGAUGGGACUUCCUGGCUGGCCAGGUUUCCAGUAGAUCCUAAAUGGAGGGAGAGUCUCUAACUGUUACCAGAUGAAAAGAAGAUGUUGUUACUUGCCCAAAUACAUUUUUUGUCGCUAAAGGAUAUUUAAAAAAUGUAUCUAAAGCUUUAUACUUUUGUCCCAUUUUGUAUGUACUUCUGUUGUGUAUAUUAACACUAUACAUGUUUUAUUCAGCA